GAUUUUUUAUUUAUUUUUAUUCAGUGAAAAUAGUAAUUCUUACAAGAAAAUCAUUAUUUAGUAAAGUAAAAGCUAAAGUGAUCGAGGUCCAAUAAGUGAGAUGAGUUUGCAAAUGGAGAGUCCAUUGACGGACAGCAAAAUGGAUAUAUCAGAUGCUACAACAUCGCAAGGCUCAGCAGGUGUAUCGCCACUUGGGGAAGAUGACGAUCCGGAUGCUACUCAAUCGCCAACACACAGCAAUCAUAACAUACACCAAGUACUCAUAAAAGAUACAACUAUUGUAUCGAAUAGCACAAUGAAGGAGUUAGAUGUUGAAGUUACAUCGAAUCUGGAUAACAGAUUAGUACGGCCAGACGCGCUGUCGCUAGAGCUAAUACCGCAACGGCAAAGUAUUGCACGCACUAUUACUGAGAGCCACCCAUUGAUGUCGCCCACGGGUUCUGAAAAUGAACACAGCUCAGCGAAUUCCGUAACGAUGCAUAAUGAUUUGAAACGCAACAAUUUUCCCGAUGUGGUACCGCAAUACGAACAUGUGCAGACGCCGCUACAGACCAAUACCGUAAUUGAACGGAAUGCAUUAAAUAAUAUACGCGGCGGUAUCACUAACGCACCAGCUCCUGCGCACAAUAAGCUAGCUUAUUUACGCGCGCAUAGUCCUGAUCUUUUGAGCAGUGAAUCCGAAGCAGACGUAUCACAGUAUCACGCUACAGUUGAGGCCAACUUUCAAACGGUGGCACUCUUACCUACAGUAGGUAAUGAGCCACACAAAAAUACGCGUCGUAUUAGAAAAUCUAAUACAAACGGUGGUAAUGGCGGUGAUGACAUCUCAUCAUUGGAUUCAAUUUCAAAUCACAGUUUUGACGAUGAUGAAGAUAUCGAACAUAAUUUGGCUUCACUUAGCCCAUCAAGUUCACUGAUUGACGGUUUGGAUGAUGAUGAUAGUGAUGAUGGCGGUGUUGCAGGCUGUAUAGACGAUGAGGAUGAUUAUCCUGAAGCAGUUACUCCUACACCACAUUUACAAUCAAUGGCUUUAACGAGCAAUACAGAAGGUGCAACCGAUCAAUUGCCGCAAUAUUCUGCAGCCGAAGAAAGACGUGACUCCAGAAAUUGGCAAAAGAUCACUCUACCCGAUGGUCGUACCAGAGAAAUCGAUAUGCGCGUGAUCGAGCCUUAUAAACGUGUGCUCUCACAUGGUGGUUACCUGCAGGCUGGUGGACAUAAUGCGAUUGUCAUAUUUUGUGCCUGCCAUCUGCCGGAUCGUUCGCGUGCUGAUUACAACUACGUAAUGGAUAAUCUCUUUCUGUAUGUGAUUAAAACAUUGGAACAAUUGGUGACAGAAGACUAUGUGCUCAUCUAUUUGCAUGGUGGCACUAGUCGACGUAAUGUGCCGCCAUUUCCAUGGUUAAAAAAAUGCUAUCAGCUUUUAGAUCGCCGUUUAAGAAAAAGUCUGAAAAACAUGUAUUUAGUGCAUCCAACAUUCUGGAUCAAAUCCAUUGUAUGGAUGACUCGUCCCUUUGUUAGCGCGAAAUUCUGGCGCAAAUUGGUUUAUGUGAAAUCGCUGGAUGAACUUGCCAAGCAUGUGAUUGUGGAGAAAGCUGCCAUACCGGAGAAGGUCAAACAGUAUGAUGCGCGACAUAAUUAAAAUAAAGUGCUUACACUUGGCUUGGCUCUGCAUCACAAUUAGUGCAAUAGGCAAACAAAUACAACAACAAUAACAACAAAAAAGCAAGAACACAGCGAAGUUUCUACGCACCUUCUUCCCUUCCCUUAGUUAAUGCAUUCCUUAAACAUUUCCUUUUUAAAUAUUUUUAAAUUAUGUGCUAUUUAUCUGUAUCUGGUAUACAGAUUUUAUAAAUUUUAUUCAUGCUAUACUCGCGCUAUGUCUAAUACUAAAAAAAUAUUUUUCACAACAUACUCGCAUUCAAACAUACACACACGUCA